UCUCCCCCUCCGGAUGCUCUUCUUUCUCCCAUAAAUUGAUUUGGUCUCCGCAGCGUCGGUGCAUUUCAGCUACGUGCACCAGUCGCUGCUCCGAUCAAGUAGCCUCCGUCAAUAGUGGCCAUGGCUUCUUUCUACGGAGGGUACCGAAAUCACGAUGAACCUCACUUCCUCGACGCUUGUUCCCUCUGUCGUAAACAUCUCGGCUUAAACUCCGAUAUCUUCAUGUACAGGGGAAAUACACCUUUUUGCAGCAAAGAGUGCAGACAAGAAGAGAUAGAGUCUGAUGAAGCCAAAGAGAAGAGCUGUAAACUGUCCUCUUCCGCCAGAUCCAUUAGGAAAUCGGAAUCCAAGACCUCUGCUCCUAGCAAAACUGUACGGACUGGCACAGUUGUGGUGGCCUGAUCUCACUACUGCGGAGUAAAUUUCCAAUUUUGUUUUAGAAAAAAACAAAAGAAAAAGAGAGAAAGAGAACAGAAAAGAGAUCCCUUCCCUACGCAGCCUAUGAAGCUGUCAAAAUUACUAGUUUGAAUUAUGAACAAUCGUGAAUAAACACAAACUCAUUUCUCAAUGACUCAUAACCAAAACUACCAACAGUUUACAAAGUCUUUAAAUUAACACAUUCAAUGAGAUUUGACAGUUACGAAAAUUUGCAAACGCUCUCAAAGCUCAAAAAAGCUUGAGACUUAAUUCUUCAGGGUCAAAAUCAUUUCUUUUGAUUAUCUGUCGUUGAGGAUUGAAGCAUUCUUUCUGGGUUAAAUCUUCAAUUUGGUUUCUGAACUGUUGUAGGAUCUUUGAUUUGUUUCUUGAAUUAAAAAAAUUCAUAAGUU